UGUAGGUGAGAGGAGGCUGGAGACUUGCUGUAUUCUGGGAAUGGGCAGGGUCGCUCGUCCGAACAGAGUCCUAUCCUACGCGGCGGAAGCGUGUGCCCUUUGACUUGCAUCGUCUAGCUACCUCUGCCAUCCUCUACCAGCCGCAGCUCCGAGGGCUGGAGAAGACGUUGCCAAGGUUAGAAGGCCACGAACAAACCAAUUUGGACCGAGGUUCCUAAUCUGGAUUUUUAAUUUUGCGUGCUUGAUUUUUCGCACCAUUUUCUCUCCGAGGUAAAAUAAUGACUAUUUUAAUUGGCUGCCACUUACAGAGAGAUCCCAAUAAGCAUGAUGGCAUACAUAUAUUUUUCUCUGGCAUUCCAUGUGUGCUCCAGUUCUUAUGACCAAGCUGGUGAAGCUGACUUUUACUGCAUGUUGCAUGCCAUGAUCAGUUGACUAUAAAUUAAAUCCUCUUUUCCAAAAGCCAUUUUCCAUUAGUGCUAAUUUGUUUGCUUCUCAUUUCCACUGAUCAUUAGAGUCUCUGGUUGUGAGCACCAAAUUGGAAAUAAUUUCUUUGACAUUUCAAAAAAAUUUCUCCCCUCCUUGAAUGCCAUUUGGCUGCAGCUAAAUAACAUUAUGGUUUGCAGAAGAACAGUUCACUCCAAUUACAAUUUAACUGACCGUUCAUGGCACUGAAUCCCUGUCCUUAGUGUCCAAAGAUGACACCGCUGCUGACACUGCUAUUUCCUGUCAUAGCUGUAAAACACCUCAUAGACUUUGCACUGGCCUUCUUGGAUGGAGAUUCUGCCACUCCGCACAUGGCAGCUUUGGGAAGUUGGUAGUUUUAUGGACCUGCAUAUCAUGGACAUUCAGAUCUAACCAUCUCAACAGGAGCUGGCUGAUUUCUUCACACAUUCACUCAGUGAGCCUUUAUUCAACAUCUAUUUUGUGCCCUAAGGACACAGAGACAGGGAAGACCAACUCCUGCCCUUGAAGAACUCACACUCUAGUGGGAAGGAUGGGUUGGUCUGCAGUCAUUCACCUGGUUCUUAAGUCCAGCUAGAUUUCGUGGUUGUCUCCAUCCCAGAGGCUGCGUGGACGCCCUUCUGGAAGCACACAUCCCAUGUCCUCUGGGGAGCAGUAGAGGUUGCCAACUUCAGGACUGAUUGAUCAUGACUUCUAUAAAGGAACAGGCAGCAAUUAGCAGGCUCUUAAGUUUUUUACAGGAGUGGGACAAUGCUGGGAAAGUCGCAAGGAGUCACAUCCUUGACAAAUUUAUUGAAACCAACCAAGGCAAGACUGCCCCUGAACUGGAGCAGGAGUUUUCCCAGGGAGCCAGUUUGUUCCUGGUACGCUUGACCACCUCACUUAGAAUCACCUAUGUCACUGACUCAUGUUUAGAAAAGCUUCUCAGGUCCAUUGGCAUCUUCUUAUCAGCUGUAAGCAGUAAUCGGUACCUUAUAGAAUUUCUUGAGGUUGGAGGUGUCCUGACACUCUUGGAAAUACUUGGGCUGGAGAAGAUCAAGGAGGAGGCCAAGAAGGAAUCCGUCAAACUACUUCAGGUUAUUGCAAACUCUGGCAGGACGUACAAGGAGCUCAUUUGUGAAAGCUAUGGUGUACGAUCCAUAGCAGAAUUUUUGGCAAAGUCUAAGUCAGAAGAGACCCAGGAGGAAGUGCAGGUUCUGUUGGAUUCUUUGGUCCACGGCAAUCCCAAGUACCAAAAUCAAGUGUAUAAAGGUCUAAUAGCUUUGCUGCCCUGCGAGUCCCCCAAAGCCCAGCAGCUGUCCCUGCAGACUCUCAGGACUGCCCAGUCAAUCAUUGGGACCACACACCCCAGCAUCGUGGACUGCGUGCUGAAGGUGCUGGGCACGAUGCACCUGGAAGUCCAGUAUGAAGCCAUCGAGUUGAUCAAGGACCUGGUGGGUUACGAUGUGCGCCAGGCGCUGCUCAAGGGCCUCGUAGCGCUGCUGAUACCGUCGGUCAGGGAGACCUCCAAAUUGCAGGCCAAGAUCCUCAGUGGUAGGGACCUGCUCAGAUGGGGCUGCCUGGGCCAAGGGAGGGGGGUCUCCUGCCUCACGGCCGCCCUCUCCUCAGACCCCUCAGUUCUCCAGCUCGCCCCCAGCCUGCCGAUGUUUUUGCAGCAGGCCGCGGCCGCCAAGGCCAUCGGGGUCCUGGCACGCAACGACAUGAGCAUCGCCGAGGAGCUGCUGUACCUGCACGUGGUGCACGGCCUAAUGGCCGCCAUGGGCAACAUGGACCACAGCAACAGCCAGCGGCUGGCCAGCCUCACGCUGGAGGUGCGCACUGCCCCUAGCGAGGGGGCGGGAAGGGCUGCGGCAGCCACAGUCCCGCCGCCCCCGCAGUCACGCCACCCCGCCCGCGCGGCGCAGUGCUUCGUGCAGAUGUUCCCUUUGGUGGCGGAGCACGUGCGCAAGGGCAUGGGAGAGGAACUCUACCAGCUCUUCCUGGUAAGUGCGCCCUCAGACGGCGACUCGGACAGUGUGGUGCCCCUUCACACAGUCCCCAUCCUGGAGCGUUCCACAUGCAGAGUGGACCUGGCCACCAGCUGCAGGAGGGACUGCUCUGGCCUAGGCUCCUCCACCCUCCAUCUUCCUGUUCCCUUUCCUGCCCUUUCGGUCAGGCUGCCAACUCGCCCCCCACCUGCAACAUCCCUCUGCCAAGCCCAACUCCAAGUCCAGACUGCCCUGGCACCCCAGCCGGGUCCCCCUUGCUCCUGUCCUCAGAGCAACGCUGAGGACUUGUACAUGAAAUUAGACAACAUUCAGGCGGAUAUCUUGGCGGCCAACAAAGUCAAUGUUACCAAAGCCCUGCGCCUCCACGGCAGCUCCUACAGCACGAACAUUCUCUAUGGCUCGCAUGAUUCGGCUCAGAUGGCCUACCUCACACACUUCGAGAAGGAGGAUGUGGAAUCAAAGGAGUAACAGCCCCUGUGGCAAACCAGGAAGGCCAAGGCUGCGGGGCAGGGAAGCCUGGCAAGAGGAAGGCGUCUGGGGUCAAGCUCAGAGCCACUCCACUUGGCUCCAGGCGGGGGAGACGGGGAUUAGGCACCCCAGAAUGGCAGAGGGAGAACCGCUGGCUGUGAAGAGUCAAUAAACAGCCUUGAUACCUGUC